AGCGCGGUCGCGCGAAGCGUUCGGCGCGCCGACCUCGACGACUUCGCUCGCGCCGCGUCCGACCGCGUCCGACCGCGUCCGACCGCCGCGCGCUCGACGUCGUCCCACGGGCGCGCGCGUCGCCGCGCGCCGCGCAGAUCUCGAGCCGCCCGCGAGAUUUAACGCCGCGGCGGUGUGCCAAGAAGAACUCGCCUCGCGAUGUGCUCCGUGGACAAGCUCCUCAUCAAGGGCAUCCGGAGCUUCUCCCCGGAGAAUGAUCACGCGAUCGUGUUCCCGAAGCCGCUGACGCUGAUCGUCGGCAGGAACGGCGCGGGGAAGACGACGGUGAUCGAGUGCCUCAAGAUGGCGACGACCGGGGAGCUCCCGCCCAGCGCGCGCGCGGGGCAGGCGUUCAUCCACGACCCGAAAGUCGCGGACGUCACGGAGGUCAAGGCGCAGAUCAAGCUGCGAUUUCGAGACGUGCGGAAGCAGCCGUGCGUGGUGACGCGUUCGUUUCAGCUCACGCAGAAAUCCGGAGGCAAACUCGAGAAGAAAGAUUUGGACCAGGUGAUCCAAACCCUGGACGAGAAGACGGGCGAGAAAGUCAGCGUCAGCAGGAAGUGCGCGGACAUCAACGCGACGGUGCCGGACAUGAUGGGCGUCUCGAAAGCCAUCUUAGAGAACGUCGUGUUCGUGCAUCAAGAGGACAGCAACUGGCCGCUGGGAGAGGCGGCGACGCUGAAGAAGAAGUUUGACGAAAUUUUCAGCGCCACGAAAUACACGAAAGCGUUGGAGCACAUCAACAAGCUGCGCAAGGAGCAGAGCGCGACGAUCAAGGAGUACAAGCUCAAGGUAGAAACGUUGCGCGUGCAGUGCGACCACGCGACGAAGCUGAAGCAGCGAUUGGACGAGAACGCGGGAAAGGCGACGCGAUUGGGCGAACGCAUGCGAACGCUGCAAGAAAAGAUUGACCGCGCGAACGAGGCGUUGAAAGCGCGACACGACGACCUGAGCUUGAUUCGGAAGAUCGCGGAGAAGAAGGCGCUGCUCGAGGCGAAGCGCGACGUCGUCGUCGCGGAGUGCGCGCGCCGCGGCGCGAGCUUGAAGAACGAGCUGACGGACACGCUCGAAAACUUGCAGUCGCACCGCGACGCGUUCGGCGCGAAAACCGCCGAGCUCCGCGCCGAGCUCGAACGCCACGACGCGAAGUGCGCGUCGCUCGCCGCGUGCGCGCGAGAACUCCGCGAGAAGCGCGAGCGCGAUCUGCGCGCGCACGGCAAGCUCACCGCGGAGGCGGAGGCGCACGGAAAGCGUCUCAGCGCGCGCGCGUCUCAGGCGCGUUCUGCGCGAACGUUUUUCACCAGCCGCUUCGCUCGGUUUCAACGCUCGAUCGAUCGCUCGCUCGCCGCGCUCGUCGCCGCGUACCCGGACGAUAUCGGGCCGACGCCGCCGGCGCUCGCCGCCGCCGCCGCCGCGGGCGCGGGCGCGGGCGAGCUCCGCGACGCCCCGGAGGCGAUCGCCGCGCACGCCACCGUGUGCGCGCGGGCGCGCGACCUCCUCGAUCGGCUCGCGCGCGCCGCGGACGAGCUGCGCGCGAAGCACCGCGCGGAGGACGACGCUGCCGCGCGCGAGAUGGACGAGGUCUCCGGGAAGCUCGCCGCCGCGGGGGAGUCGGCCAAGGCGCGCGAGGAGCGACGGCGCGCGUGCCGGCGCAGAGCUGACGACGCCGCGGCUGAGAUGUCCUCGUUCGCGGUGUCCGACGACGCGAUUGAGGACCUGAGACGACGCGUCGACGACGCGGAAAAGCUGUUCGACGAGAGGAGAAACGCGAACGCGGCGUCGCGCGUCGCGAUGGAGCUCGAACAGGCGCGACCGAGACCGCUUCCCGCGCGCGCGACGCCGUUCGCGCGUCGUUCGCUUCUCGAGGGCUCUCUGUUUCUAUUUCAAUUUCUCUCCCUCGCGUCGUCGGUCGUCUCGUCUCUCUUCCCCGGCGCCGCGCGUCGUCCCUCUCGACGUCCGUCGCGGUAUUCCACCCGCCGGCGACCGGCGAGACGUUUCGCCGACCGACCGACGCGUUCGCCCCCGCCCCCUCCGCCCGCCUCCGCGGUUUCGCAGAAAAAAGAAGCGAUCGAGGCGGCGGAGAAGACUCUGAGUCGCCUCCGCGCGGAGCAAGACCGCGCCGCGGCCGCGGGCGAGUCCGCGCUGAAGACGCGACUGAAGCGCGAGGAAUUAUUCUCCAAGGAGGAGUCCAUGCGAUCGCUGUUGGCGUCGACGAGAGAGCGCUUCGCGGACGUCUUCGACGGAGACGCGCGCGUUCCGGCGCCGGAAAACGUAAAGAUGGAACUCAAACGCGUCGUGGACGCGCGCGCGCUCGCGGUGGAGACGGCGCGCGAGACGGCGUCCGCCGCGUCAAACGCCGCGAGCGCGGCGGCGUGCGCGCUCGAGACCGCGGCGGCGAACGAGCGGCGACUCGCCCGAGAGGCGAAAGACGCGGAGGAGAAGGCGGAGGCGGAGGGGGACGUUCUCCCGGCGCCGGCGACGCCGGCGACGGGAAACGGCGAGCGCGCGUCGGCUUCUUCUCGGCUGGACGCGUACGCGACCGCGGUGAAGGAUAACGACGCCGCGCUGUCGAAAGCGGAGGAGGACCUCACGGUUUUGAAAAACCUCGCGAAGGUGUUCCAGUCGUUCUCCGCCGCCGCGGGCUCGACGUCGUGCUGCCCGUUGUGCUCGGCGAAGUUUGAAGACGCGCGAAAGCUCGAGACGUUCCGGGCGAUGAUCGAGUCCAAGGUGGCGUCCAUUCCCGAACAGACCGCAUCCGGGCGGGCGGCCGUCGAGGCGUCGCGCGAGCGGCGCGCGAAGCUUCAGGCGCUCGCCCCGCUGGUCUCCGCGUACGAGCGCGUCACGCGGACGGCGCUGCCGGACGCGAGACGCGCGUUGUCGGACGCGACCGCGGCGGACGCGGUCGCGAAACGAGCGGCGUCGGACGCGUCGAACGCGAUGGAGACGGCGCGCGAGUCGCACACGUCCGCGGUGGCGCUCGCGGAGGACGCGGACACCAUCGCGCGGCUAUCGCGCGAGGCGCGCGAGCUUCGCGGCGUCGUGGAGUCGCUCGAGCGCGCGUCCGGGGUGGCGUCGUCGCAGUUGCAAUUCGUCGGAGGCACGCGGGGUGCGGGCGCGGCGGUCGGCGGCGCGACGCAGACGCAGGGGGGCGCGAACCCCGCGAGGGUCGUCAGCGCCAUCGCCGCCGACGUCGAGGACGCGGAGGCGUCCAAAGCCGCGCUCGAGAAGGAGCGCGACGUCCUCCAGCGGAAGCUCUCCAGGACGGAGCAAGAGCUUCUCGCGAUCGAGCGCGACGUCAGGGAUCUGCGCGAGGAGCACGUGCGCGUCGGGUGCGUUCGGUUCAGUUCCAUUCCGCGCGUUUCAUUUUCGAUUUCGUUAUCGUUUCACGUCCGCCCCGCCCGCCGCUCGGUUUCGACGUUCGAUCGAUCGAGUCCCGUCCCCUACUCGCUGCUGACGGACCGACGCGCGUCGCGUUUAAACGCGUUUCGGAACGGCCCUCGCAGCGCGAAAGCGGACCGCAAGGCGUCGCUCAAGCGCGAGAUCGAGGACUUGGAGCGCGAGGCGAGAGAGCUCGACGCGGAGGAAGCGCGCGUCGCCGCGGAGCGCGCGCCGACGGAGCGCAGGCGCGACGCGUUGGUCGCGGCGCGCGACGCCGCGAGGGCGACGGCGGCGGCGAGCGAACGCGACGCGGACGAGCGCGUCCGCACGUUGCAGCGGGACGUCGACGCGCUCGCCGCGGCGGACGCGCCGAUAGACGAGUACGCGGACUCCGGGAAGGCCGCGGAGCUGACGCGGUGCAAGGAGGCCGCGGACGCCGCGGAGGCGAAGAUGAAGGCGUUCGAGAAGGAGCUCGCGACGGAGACGGCGAGCGCGAAGAUCAAGAGAGAGACGAUCGAGUCGAAGGCGUCCAUCGCGAGGGACUUGGACGAUAACAUCGCGUACUUGAAAGGUAAGGAGGAGGAGGCGAAGUUAACGUCUGAGAUUGAUGCGUUACGCGCGAAGAUCCAAGCCCUCGGCGUGGACGUGAACGCCGUCGAGUUGACGUUUCGCGCCGACCAGAAAUCCCGCGACGAACUCAGAGAGGCGUACGCGGAGUCGCAAGGAAGAGUCACGACGCACCAAGAAGCGAUCGACGCGUGCAAGAAAGAGCUGAACGACCCGCAGUACAAGGGCGUUCGAAAGCGUCUCUCGAAGCACGUCGUCGAGCUGAAAACGUACGAGUACGUCUCUCAGGACCUGGAGCGAUACCACUCCGCGCUCGACCGCGCGCUCAUGGCGUUUCACGCGUCGAAAAUGUCCGACAUCAACAAGGUCGUGAAAGAGCUCUGGCAGCGCACGUAUCGCGGACAGGACAUCGACUUCAUCCAGAUUCGCUCGGACGACGACACCGGGAACAAAGGACGGAGCUCGUACAACUACCGCGUCGUGAUGAUCGUCGGCGACGCCGAGCUCGAGAUGCGCGGGAGGUGCUCCGCGGGGCAGAAAGUCUUAGCGUGCCUGAUCAUCCGUCUCGCGCUCGCGGAGACGUUUUGUCUCAACUGCGGCAUACUCGCUCUGGACGAGCCGACGACAAACUUGGACGCGCCCAACGCGGACGCGCUCGCGCGGUCGUUGAUCGACAUCAUGCGCUCGCGCGAGGACCAGGAAAACUUUCAACUCAUCGUCAUCACGCACGACAUGCACUUCGCGCAGGUGCUCGGACAACGCGAGCACGCGGAUUACUACUGGAGGAUCACGAAGGACGACGACCAACACUCGCACAUCGAGUGCGAGAACAUCUACGAGUGAGACGGCGACGGCGGCUGCGACGACGGCGGCGACGGCGGAGACGACGGCGGCGACGGCGACGGCGACGGCGACGCGAACGCUAACGCGAGAGGAAGAGACGAGCGAAGAAGGACGAGAGUGAGGAACAGAACAGGACGGGACGCGCGCGUGAAACGAAAUGAAACGAAGCGACACGAAACGACGCGUCCUCUCGACGCGACUUCCCC